CUCCUGUUUAGGGGGAAAUGGUGUUGUAAUUGUUUUCACUGGAGGUGCUCUUUCCUUUAGUAACUGUGUUAAAAAGUCUUAUGUUCCACUUUGCAACACCGUGUCUGAAACUUAAUUGAAUGCAGUUUCUUUUUCUGGAGGCUUCAGAUACAUCUGUCUUCGAGAAAUAACCAGCUGUAAUGUAAUAAAUCAUCAUUAGUCAAGAUGUCUUCAGCACCAGAGUCUCCCGGCUUUAAAAAGGAACCACCCAAAGAGAACGACUUUAAAAACCCAGGGCUCAGAGGAGUCCGCACGACAACCUUAUUUCGGGCUGUGAAUCCAGAGCUCUUCAUUAAACCCAACAAACCUGUAAUGGCUUUUGGACUGAUAACCCUUUCCCUUUGCGUGGCUUAUAUUGGUUAUCUACAUGCAUCCCAAGAGAAUACAAAGGAUCUCUACGAAGCUAUUGAUAGUGAGGGACACAGUUAUAUGAGGAGGAAAACAUCUAAAUGGGAUUAACAGUGCUGGAUGCUGCAGACGGAGCUUUGCUAAAGGCCCUGAAAUCUUCUAAUGGAAGACUUUGUGAGUGCACAGUAUCAUGCUCCUUGUUCUAGAAUGUGUUAAUGAGGAAGGAAGGUAGCAGUUGUGAACGGGCCACUAGACUACAUCUCAUCCUGCAGCCCUUACCCCAUUCUUUGUUCACAGCAAGAGCUUCUCAAUAUUUUUCUUUCAUGAAGUCCUUGUAUGAAAGUGCCAUUAAGAAUGGAAGUUGUUUUUGUGAAUUAACUUCUAUAUAAUAAAAAUAUAGUGCCGGUGCUGUUAAA